AUAUAUAUGUACAUGUAUUUUUUUGUACACAAACUAUAACGGCAACCAACAACGUACUUAAUCGUUGCGUUCAACCUGAUGAUUAUUAUCGUUGAACUAGUUCAGUAGUUCACCACUUAUGUCAUUGCGGUUACUGGUUUGAGGCGUGAUCGUCCGUGGUUCACAUUUUUCUGGCUCGCGAACACUCGGAAGUGUUUUUUUUAAGUUAAAUUAAAUUUUUUUAAAUAAAAAACAAUAAAUAAAAUCAUAAAAAUGCCGAAAAGUAAGAAACAACAAAAUGCUCUUCCAACUCAAUUAGUAAAAAUAUUCAGUUAUGUCGAUGAAAAUGAAAAGAAAUUUGUGGAAACAUUAUCACAAGUAGUUUCAAUUAAAUCUGUAUCAGCAGAUCCAGAUUUAAGAAAUGAAGUUGUUAAGAUGAUGAAAUGGGCUGACAUAAAAUUGCAAGCGCUAGGAGCGACUACUGAACUUUGUGACAUAGGUGUACAGGAAUUAAGUGGAAAAACUGUACCUCUACCUCCCGUCUUACUUGGCUCAUUAGGUAAUGAUCCCAAAAAGAACACUAUUUGUUUAUAUGGCCAUUUAGAUGUGCAACCAGCCGAUAUAUCUGAUGGAUGGGAUAGUGAACCAUUUAUCUUAACUGAAAGAAACAAUAAAUUGUAUGGAAGAGGUUCUACCGAUGAUAAAGGUCCAGUUCUUGGAUGGCUUCAUGCUAUUGAAGCAUUCCAAAAUACUGGGACUGACCUGCCUGUUAAUCUUAAGUUUGUUUUUGAAGGAAUGGAAGAAUCUGGUAGUAUAGGUUUAGACGAGUUACUUAUUAAGAAGAAAAAUACAUUUUUUAAUGAUGUAGACUAUGUUUGUAUAUCUGACAGUUAUUGGUUGGGUACAGAAAAACCUUGUAUAACUUAUGGGCUUCGUGGUAUGUGUUGUUUUGGUAUAGAAAUUGAAGGUUCAAGUAAAGAUUUACAUAGUGGCAUGUAUGGUGGAACUGUAUAUGAAGCUAUGUCGGAUUUAAUUUAUGUUCUCAACCAAUUAGUUGAUAUAAAAGGAAAUAUUUUAAUUCCUAAUAUUAAUGAAGACGUUGAACCAUUAAAUGAAAAAGAAAAAGAAUUAUAUGACAAAAUAGAAUUUGAUGUUGAUACAUACAUUAAUGAGAUUGGUGCGACUAAGCCAUUGAAAGAAACAAAAGAACAAUUAUUGAUGAGUAAUUGGAGGUAUCCAAGUUUAUCAAUUCAUGGAAUUGAAGGAGCAUUCUCAGGUCCAGGAUUUAAAACUGUUAUUCCUCGUAAAGUAAUUGGAAAAUUUUCUAUCCGAUUGGUACCAAAUCAAGAGCCACAAAAAAUUUCUGAAAUAGUGAAAAGUUAUAUUCAGAGUGUUUGGGAAAAGCGUCAAAGUCCUAAUAAAUUAAAAAUUGUCACUGAAGGGGAUGGUGGUAAUCCUUGGAUGACAGAUCCAUUUAAUCCUCAUUAUUUAGCAGCUCAUAAAGCUACACAGUGUGUAUAUAAUAUUGAACCAGAUUACACUAGAGGUGGUGGAUCAAUCCCUGUCACACUGACUUUACAGGAAGUGACUGGUAAAAAUGUUUUACUUUUGCCAAUGGGGUCUGGAGAUGAUGGAGCUCAUUCACAAAACGAAAAAAUUGAAUUGCGAAAUUACAUUGAAGGAACUAAAUUGAUGGCUGCCUAUCUUUAUGAAGUAUCCAAAAUUAAUGAUGCCAAUUAAUAAUUUGGUACUAAAUAUCAAAUGUAUUGUAUUAUUUUAUUAUCGACAAUUAUUUUGAUGCUUCAAUUUAUAAUACGUUAUACUUAAAGUACAAGAAUCAUUUUUGCUCAUAUUUUAUUAAUGGUUCUACAAAAUUUAUACUAUUAACAAUAGUUUUCAUGACAAUUUUUAAUUUUUAUAUACCAAAAUGAUUGUUUUGUGAUACUCAAUUUUAUAAUAACUUUUAUUAUUUAUAUAUCAAACUUAUAAUUAUAAACAGAAAUUAAUAAAAACAUUUGGUUUUUAAA